AACUCAUUUGAUGUGAUAAAAGAGGGUCUUCUGAGCGGUGAUAAGGACUCAAACGUGAUUCUGGUUCAGUGGACUCGAGGGGCGAGUGGUUUCUACUUUCAAUCGGUGGCCAAUUGUAGAGUUGUCGCCACACAGAUUGCACUACUCAUUAAAUAUUUAGUUAAUGAACGCAACGCUCGGCCAGAAAUGUUUCAUUUAAUUGGCUUUAGUUUAGGCGCUCAUAUAUCUGGAUAUGUGGGCAAAUUAGUGCCCAAUUUGGGCCAAAUCACAGCCUUAGACACCGCCCGACCCUAUUUCGAUGGCGUGGCCCCGACUGCACGGUUAGACACAUACGACGCCUCAUAUAUUGAAUCAUACCAUACGGAUAGC